UUCUUGGCUAGUAAUUUUUCAAAAAGGAAAAAAAUUUUCCCCAAAAUUUUGGUUCAAGUUGAUGCAGUCAGAUAGUAACAAAAACAACAAAAAAUGGGUUCUAGUUUGUGCAAAGGAGAAAAAGUUUAUGAUGAACAAAUGGACAAAGUAAAUCGCCAGAUAGAAAUUGAAUUGCAAAGGGAAAAAUUGGAGGAACGCAAAAUUGUAAAAAUACUUUUGUUGGGAAGCGGGGAUUCUGGAAAAUCUACUAUUGUAAAACAAAUGAGAAUUCUGCAUACUAACGGGUUCAAUGAAGCAGAAUUGAUUAAUUAUAGGUAUAUGCUGCAUACCAAUUAUAUUGGCUCUUUUUAUUACAUCGCCAAAGGAAUUAGUCUACUACAAAUUGAUGUGCCUUCUCAGGAGCGUGAUUUAGUUAAUAAAUUUGAACAUUCUUUUACCAAAUUUUUGGAUUAUGAUGACACGGAAAUGAUUAAAUUGAUAAGUAAAUUUCUCAGUUAUUCUUGUGUUAAUGCAGCAUGUCAACAUUUAACAGAAUUUUAUGUGCCAGAUAAUACUCCAUAUUUAUUGGCUGAGUCAAGCAGAAUUCUCACUCCAGAGUAUAGCCCAACAGAAGCGGAUGUAAUACAUGCAAGGGCGUCGACAACGGGUGUUCAUGAAAUUUUCUUCAGUUUUCGCCGUUUUGGCAUCAGGCUCAUUGAUGUUGGCGGCCAAAAAACUGAAAGGAGAAAAUGGAUUCAUUGUUUUGAUAAUGUUUCUGCAAUUUUGUAUGUAAUCUCCCUUUCCUGUUAUGACCAAUUUUUAGAAGAGGAUCCAUCAAUAAAUAGAAUGGAUGAUUCUAUCGAAUUAUUUAGAGCCAUGUUUUACAAUCAAUUCCUUUUUAAAUGUUCUUUCAUCCUUUUCCUCAACAAAAAAGAUUUAUUUGAGCAUAAAUUGCGUUAUGUCCCUUUAAAAAAAUUUUAUCCGCUAUUUGAAGAAUGCCUAGUAAAUAUCACAAUAGAUGAUCAAUAUGGAGAAGCUGUUGAAUUUAUUAAAAAAAUGUUUAUGAACGUAAAAGAACCAGAAAGUAACAGACAUAUUUAUGCACACGUUACAAACGCUACGGAUACUAAAAAUAUUGGUAUUCUUUUUUAUUUUAUAGCUGGGUUAGGUCCUUAGAUACCCCUUAAAUUAGUUAUUGGGUAGGCAAGCCUUUUUGUGGGGGCUACUGGGCAUCAGAGGUAGCAACUGUGUGUGAGGGGGGGGGUAACAAAAAACAACCCCUCUCAUUAUAAGGCGAUUUUUCCAUCUCCAAGGGAUUAUCAUAAAAUGAGGUCUGGCUUAUUCCAUUUUUUCAGAAUUUGUGUUUGGUGCAACCUGUGAUAUUGUUUUACAAAAAAAUUUAAGCAAAGCUGGGAUGACUUGAGGAUAAAAAGUUUAGUAUAUUCUUUU